AUGACGACAAUAAAGAAAAUUGAUAAAGACAGUACUGAAGGGGUUGAUAAUCGACUAACUUUCUUUAGUAUACCAUCAACAAAUGUUGGUAUUCAACGGUCCGCAUACAAAGAAUUGCUUCCCCUCAAUGCACUUAAUCAAUCUGCAGGUCCUUUUAUUUUCCGGUAUUUUGGUGACUCACUUUACUUAGAUUUGAGUAAGACAUAUCUGAGUCUUGUAUUAUCUCUUGAACGUAAAGUUGAUGCAACUGGCGAAUGGGUGCCUAUUGUUAAAGACUUGGCAGGGAAUUUUGCAGGUGAUAGUUUUACUAGUAUGUCUACUUCUACAUGAACUUG